GACAAACGUCAAGUUUUGUUGACAAAUGUGUCGUCUUGUAAGCCGCGACUCAACUUAAUUUUCCGGUGAUUUUUGUUUCAUAAUUAAUAGCGAGAAGCAUGAAGUUUUCCUACAAGUUUUCUAACCUUCUCGGAACGAUUUAUCGGAAAGGCAACGUUACCUUCACGCCGGACGGCAAUUCGAUAAUAAGCCCGGUUGGGAACAAGCUGACAAUCUAUGACCUUAAAAACAACAAAGCGCAAACUCUGUCACUCGAGAGCAAAUUCAAUUACAAUGUGGUCGCCCUUUCGCCAGACGGUGCUCUUCUGCUCGCAGUCAACGAACAGGGAGAAGCCCAGCUCAUUAGUAUGGUCUCCUGCACGGUAAUCCACCGACACAAGUUCCAGAAGGAAGUGCAGUGCGCCCAGUUCAGCCCCGACGGUAGACACUUUGCAGUUGCCAAGGACAACUCUGUUUUCAUUUUCCGUAGUCCGGGAGAAAUCACUGGCGAGUACAACCCUUUUGUGCUGGAACGGCACUUCUACGGGGCCUAUGACGACGUUGUCUGGCUGGAGUGGUCGAGCGACUCUCGGUUUCUGGCUGUUGCGUCGAGGGAUGGUUCCACCAAAAUCUGCGGGGUCGGAUACUAUAACAACUUUAGGACGUACAUGCUCGGGGGUCACACUGACUCAAUCGUUGGAUGCUUCUUCGAGAAGGAGAGCAUGCACGUGAACACAUUGGGCCGAAAUGGACAGCUAAACAUUUGGGAAUGCAGCCUGGAACCAUCCGAUCUAACUCCAAAAGACUUCAAAAAACCUUCCGAGGAGCCAAACGUGAAGAAGCAGAAAGAAGAAUCCGAGCCGGACUCGGAAGACGACAUCGACAAUCAGGACGCCAUUGAGCGGAAGGAAUCGGACACUGCGGAGAAAUUGGAAUUAGUUAGCAGCGAUCAGGAGCCGGGCAACUCGAAGAAGCCGCAUCCGUUCUCUUAUAGAAAGUUGGGACGACACUUCCUGGCGAUCGAAGCGAAAAAAGAAAGUUACGACGCUCAUGUGACCGCUGCCACGUACCACAAAAAGACGAGAAUUUUGGUGAUUGCCUUCUCGACAGGCUCGUUCUUCCUCUAUGAACUCCCUGACGUGAAUAUGAUCCAUUCGCUGAGCAUAGCCGGUCACGCCAUAACGACAGCUGCCUUCAAUGCAACUGGUGACUGGAUUGCCCUUGGCGCUGCCGGGAUAGGACACCUGUUGGUGUGGGAAUGGCAAAGCGAGCAGUACAUCAUGAAGCAACAAGGACACUCCAGCGAAAUGAAUUGCAUAUCCUACUCGCCGGACGGUCAGUACAUUGCGACGGGAGGCGAGGAUGCUAAGGUGAAACUGUGGAAUGUAACCAAUGGAUUUUGUUUUGUCACCUUCCACGAGCACUCGAGCAGUAUCACAGGAAUUGAGUUUGGAAACAGCAAGAAGUUCCUGGUUAGCUGCUCCCUAGACGGAACUGUCCGGGCCUAUGACAUAAUCAGGUAUCGCAACUUCCGAACAUUUACAUCCCCACGUCCAGUUCAAUUCGCGUGCGUAGCUCUCGAUUACUCCGGCGAACUGGUGGCGGCAGGUGGCCAGGACGUUUUCGAAAUCUAUUUGUGGUCCAUGAAAUUAGGGCGUCUUCUGGAGAUCUUGAGUGGACACGAGGGUCCCGUCUCGUCAAUAGCAUUUUCUCCCAAUCCAACGUCAACAGCUAUGGUGUCGGGAUCGUGGGACAAAACCAUUAAAAUUUGGAAUUGCCUGGAAAGUUCAGGGGACCACGAGACAAUCGACACUUUGUCCGAUGUAACUUGCUUGGCAUUCAACCCGAAUGGGGAAGAGGUGGCGGUCUCAACACUGAAUGGAAACAUUUCGAUCUUUCACCUGAAAACAUCACAGCAAAUUGGCUCAAUCGAAGGCAAAAACGACUUGGGAAGUGGCGUAUCGGAGGUUGAUAUGGUUACCGCGAAGAAGAACCUUGAAGGAAAAGCCUUCACAUCCCUAACCUACUCAGCCGACGGGCAAUGCCUUCUAGCCGGGGGUAAGUCGAAAAACGUCUGCAUCUACCACGUCCGCGAGGCAAUUCUUCUGAAGAAGUUCGAGAUCACUCAGAACCACAGUUUCGAUGGUUUGGAUGAUUACAUCAAUCGUCGCAACAUCACCGAGUUCGGAAACAUGGCUCUGGUGGAGGAACGUGAACAACUUGAGGGCGGUAACGUAGCGAUUAGAUUACCUGGUGUUCUUAAGGGCGACAUGGCUUCCAGGAAUUUCAAGCCAGAGGUUAGGGUGUUCAGUGUUAGAUUUUCUCCCACAGGGCAAUCAUGGGCGGCAGCGACAACUGAGGGACUUCUUAUAUAUUCGUUGGAUAAAGGAGUUGUUUUCGAUCCGUUCAACCUUUCACUGGAGGUCACCCCCAAAUCUACUCGUGAAUGCCUCAGGAACGAGGAAUUUUCAAACGCACUCAUUAUGGCAUUGAAACUCAACGAACCGGUCUUGAUUCAAGAAGUUCUCGAGAAAAUUCCAUUCAAAGAAAUCGACCUAAUAUCAUCGAAUUUAUCCCACGAAUAUGCGCACAGACUUCUUCAAAACAUUUCAAAGCUACUUCAAUCAACCCCGCAUGCAGAGUUCUACCUGAAAUGGGCUUGUUGUUUGCUAACAGACCAUGGCAACAAGGAUAAUGUGUUCCAGCAUCAGACGUUGCUUUCUUUGCAUGAAAGUCUGUCGAAAAAAUAUGAAAUGUUGAACAGAAUGUGUGAUUUUAACAAAUAUACGCUGAAGGUUAUCCUCAGUUUGCCAAAGAAGGAGGCGAAGUCAAGUGCGACGAAUGGAAAUCAUGAAGCGGAAGAUGAGAAUGAAGAGAAUUUAGUUUUAGUUAGAAAUAAUGAAAAUGGGAAUGAGAGUUCGGAUGAAAGUAUGAAUGAUAGUAAUGCGAGUGAUAGUGACUGAGAAUAAAGUAAAACUAUGAA